AUGGAGGGACAUACAGCGUGUGUCUUUGGUUCAUCUUUGGUCAUAUUUGGUGGAAACAACGACGUUAAUUCCAGUCAUGAGGGGCGUUAUUGUAACAAAGUGCGGCUAGUACAUGAUGUGUCAUUGCUUAUUAAUCGUAAUUAUAAUUGGUACCAACUGCAGUUGAUGCCUGCAGCACCUUCGCCUCGUGGUCGUGCGCAUCACACAGCUUUUAUAUACAACGAAAAAUAUAUGGUGGUUGUCGGUGGUAUGAUGGAAGCACCUGAUGAACAGCCAAACUCCAUGCGCUUUGUAGAUAUUCUUGAUUUGGGGAUUCAACGAUGGUAUCAAGCAAUUUCCAAAGGUGAUCAGCCCAUCAGUCGCAUUCAUUAUGCAAGUGCUGUUGUUAACGGGGAGUUGUAUAUUCAUGGGGGAUAUCUCCUUUGUGUGGAUAUUCAUGGCGUACCUAAGGACUUAUCUUAUCAUCAGCUACUAAGCAUGGGGAAUCUACUUUUUGAUACUUUUGUUCUUAAUUUAGAAUCAAUGAUUUGGCGUCGUGUUACAUCAACGGAUGUUGCUAGACCUUUAUUAUGGGGUCAUUCAGGUGUAGUAUUUCGGGAUAAUAUUCUGCUCUUUGGUGGGUUGGACACUUCAAAGGGAAAGGAGGUUGGGGACUUAGUCUUGUGGGAUGUACGAAAGAAGUCCUGGCGCUGGGUUGACUGCAUCUCUUGUCUUCCAUCAGCGAUGCACAAAGCUGUGGUGAUUGGAAUGCACGAUAACAAUAAUAUGGAACCAACACGUAUGCUUGUUUUUGGAGGGAUUCAAUUUUUGACUCAAGAGACAAUUUUGGAAUUAAGGGAAUUUGAUUUUGAAAACGGGCAGUGGAAUAUUUUGCCUUCUAAGGGUGACAUUCCCGCGGGUAGAAUUGGGCAUGUUCUUCUUUCAUACAUGAGUGAUAAGGUGCUAUUGCUUGGUGGUGUCAUUGGGUCCCCAAAUGGCCCCGUUCAAGACAGCAAUCUAUAUAUUUAUGAUGUACCGACGCAAGAAUGGAUAAAGAUAUUUUUGUAUGAAGGUGAGAAACUGUCUACUAAGGGUGAAACUCACAUUCAUCCUAAGCCAUUUACUACAGAUAGUUAUACCCGUUUUGAAGAAAAACUUAAUGAGUUACAAGUUGAUCAAUCUAACAAAAAUAGGUGUUUUGAGUCGAUAAUGGCAGGGAGAAGCACACACUUGUUUGAAGAACGAUUAGCAAACUUUAGGAAGUCCAAAGAAAUGAUGUAUCAAUCAUUUCCAGAUGAAAAAGAGAAGGAUUCUCAUCAAGGAGCUUUGGGAAGCAGAGAGUUGGAAUUUGACUUAUACGAUGCUCCACCACCUCUCCCAUCUGCUGCUUAUGUUAUUUCAACAGAUCGUAAUCAGGGAUUUGGUGAGGUUGCAGAAAUUCAAAAAAAAAUUGAUGAAAAGCUGACAGGACAUAUGAACUAUGAUCGAAAUAAUAAAUGGGAUUUUAAUGAUGUGGAGAAUGCUUCAAAUAUAUCUGAGGAGCAACAUUUCGGCGGUCCUUUUAAGCUCAUGAAUAUUAGUUUUUUUGAAGGGGAGAAAAGUACAUCUUUGGAGGAGUCAGGAAAGAUCUUUGCCACAAACACUUUAUCAUAUCUUUCCUCCCCAUUUCUCAAAAAAUUAAUGAACUCGGUUCUUCGGCAAGAAGCGUCGGAGGGAUUGCCGGAUCAUAUUAAUAAUGGUCAGUCAUUAAAGGAUCCCUUUAGCUACCUAAGGCCAACAGAGUCUGUCUUGCGUUGGCGUCAUGCCUCUCCUGCACCUUGA